AUGUUAUUCCUGGCGACAGCUAUCAUUGCAGCGUCCAUUGGGACUGUUCAAGCACAGGUUGGAGGUUACGGGCAAUGCGGAGGUAGCGGCUACUCGGGAAGUACAUCUUGCACAUCAGGAUAUUAUUGUACCUCUCAGAAUCCUUAUUAUUAUCAAUGUGUUCCGGGCACAGCUACUGCCACCACUACCAGCACGACCAAGUCAACGUCGUCUACCACUAAAGCGACAACUACUACGACUAAGGGCACAACAACUGUGUCUGCAACAACCCUGACCACCACAACAAAAACGGCAAGCCAGACUUCUACAUCUGCAGCGACGGCAGCCACCUGUACAGGAACAUUUAGCGCAAUUUCUGCCUCUGAUUUCGUUGCGAAUCUUCACCCAGGCUGGAACUUAGGAAACACCCUCGACGCAACUCCAGACGAGGGGUCCUGGAAUAAUGCGGCUGUUGUUGCAUCCACCUUUAGCGUUGUUAAAGAGGCUGGCUUUAAAAGCGUUCGCAUUCCUGUGACCUAUGCGUAUCACUUCACUGGAAGCUCCCCUGACUGGACCAUUGAUCCAGACUGGCUCCAACGUGUCUCAGAUGUGGUUGACAUGGUCACUUCCCUUGGACUAUAUGCGAUUGUCGAUGCACACCAUGAUUCUUGGAUCUGGGCCGAUGUCACUGCCUCAGGCGCCAAUAUCACAAUGAUCGAAGAAAAGUUCUAUAGGCUAUGGUAUCAGGUUGGCACUAAAUUAGCUUGCAAGUCAAGUCUAGUCGCCUUUGAGCCUAUUAAUGAGCCACCGUGUAACGACGCUGAUGAUGGAGCCGAAAUCAACAACCUUAACAAGAUUUUCUUACAAGCAAUCAAUGAUGCUGGUGGAUUCAACUCCCAGAGAGUUGUCACACUGGUUGGGGGAGGCGAGGACAGUAUCAAGACCUCAGAGUGGUUUGUGGCACCGUCUGGAUUUAGUAAUCCAUAUGCUAUUCAGUUCCACUACUAUAGCCCCUAUGACUUCAUUUUCAGCGCUUGGGGCAAAACUAUAUGGGGAUCUGACGCCGACAAGGCCACCGUUCUGUCCGAUUUUACUUUGUUACGAAACAAUUUUACCAAUGUUCCCAUCCUUUUGGGUGAAUACGAUGCUUCACCUACUAACACGGAGCCAGCUGCCCGCUGGAAAUAUGUGGACUAUCUCAUUCGCAGCGCCCUUGGGCUGGACAUUUCUUGUGUCUUAUGGGAUAACGGGCUAGAUCAUCUUGAUCGAAAUGCGGGAACUUGGAGGGACCCAAAUUCUAUCUCAAUGAUUGUUGACUCAACCGCAUCAACCGCGAACAGUUUGCCUGACAGUACUGAAGAUUCAUCAGCAACAUCGCAAUGGUCAUCGGCUUAUAUCUUCCAUCAAUAUGGCACUAGUGUGUCAGCUCAAUCUCUCCCAUUCAUCUUCAACGGGAACACAUUAACUUCUAUCAGCGACUCAAGUGGCUCCACAUUGACAUCGGGAACAGACUAUUCUGUUUCAGGAUCAAACAUCACCUUCACUGCAUCGUACCUGUCAAAACAUGUCUCAUCCACGACCUCUCCUGGUGUGAUAGCCAACUUGACACUCAAGUUCUCUGGAGGUGCUUCAUCACCUGUAGUGCAACUUGUGCAGUGGAAAGCACCUACACUUUCAUCCACUACAGCGGUAGCUUCCUCAGUCUCUGGGUCUGAUCUUUACAUUCCGAUAACAUGGGGUGGCCUUUCCACGAUUGCUGCCGUCAAAGCCGUAACCACCAGCGGGACAUAUCUGGUGGAUGACUGGACGGUAUACCUGGGCAAUCUUCAACAGGCUAGAACGACCUAUAGCAGUCAAUAUAACUGGGACAGUUCAGAUGUCAUUAUCACAUCUUCGGCAAUUAGCUCGGUCAUCUCGGCUGGGGUAUCAACCGUGUUUACUUUCGAAUUUUAUCCACGUACUGGUGUCACUGGGAAUGCUGUGAACUUUACUCUAACUGUAUGA